CUUCUUUCUCUUCUGUUUGAAGAUUUGUUCAAAAAAUUUAACUCUGAACUGAAGAAAAUUGCUGACCAGGUGAUCCCCAAGCAACGUGCAGCUCAGUUUGACGUGGUGAAGCACAUGCGUCAGGACCAGAUCACCAAUGGCAUGGUCAAUGCCAUCUCCACAGGAAAUUGGUCUCUGAAGAGAUUCAAAAUGGACCGCCAAGGUGUGACACAAGUGCUGUCCCGCCUGUCUUACAUAUCUGCUCUGGGAAUGAUGACUAGAAUCUCUUCUCAGUUUGAAAAGACAAGGAAAGUGAGUGGUCCUCGAUCACUGCAACCAUCUCAGUGGGGGAUGCUCUGCCCAUCUGACACUCCUGAAGGAGAGGCCUGUGGUUUGGUGAAAAACCUUGCCCUCAUGACUCAUAUCACUACAGAUAUGGAAGAUGGCCCAAUUAUUAAAUUGGCCAGCAACCUUGGAGUUGAAGAUGUGAACUUGCUCUGUGGUGAAGAACUUUCAUACCCAAAUGUGUUUCUCGUUUUCCUCAAUGGUAACAUCCUGGGUGUGAUACGUGACCAUCAGAAAUUAGUCAACACGUUUCGUAUAAUGCGUCGAGCAGGUUAUAUCAACGAGUUUGUUUCCAUCUCUACAAAUCUGUCUGACAGAUGCGUCUACAUUUCCUCUGAUGGAGGGAGAUUGUGCAGACCUUACAUAAUUGUCAAGAAGCAAAAACCUGCAGUUACAAACAAGCAUAUGGAGGAAUUGGCUCAGGGAUACAGGAAUUUUGAAGACUUCUUGCACGAAGGCCUCGUUGAGUAUCUAGAUGUGAAUGAAGAAAAUGACUGUAACAUUGCACUAUAUGAAAGCACAAUUAAUAAAGAUACAAGCCAUUUGGAGAUUGAGCCUUUCACGCUUCUUGGUGUCUGUGCUGGGCUGAUUCCAUAUCCUCAUCACAACCAGUCCCCAAGAAACACCUACCAGUGUGCCAUGGGGAAACAAGCCAUGGGUACUAUUGGAUACAAUCAAAGAAACAGGAUAGAUACUCUUAUGUAUCUCCUAGCCUACCCACAAAAGCCAAUGGUAAAGACAAAAACAAUAGAACUGAUAGAUUUUGAGAAGCUACCUGCUGGGCAGAAUGCCACAGUUGCUGUGAUGAGCUACAGUGGUUACGAUAUUGAAGAUGCUCUUGUCUUAAACAAGGCCUCUUUGGACAGAGGUUUUGGAAGGUGCCUUGUGUAUAAGAAUGCCAAGUGUACCCUGAAGCGUUACACCAACCAGACAUUUGAUAAAGUCAUGGGGCCGAUGUUGGACGCAGCUACCCGAAAGCCAAUCUGGCGCCAUGAGAUCCUAGAUGCUGAUGGGAUCUGCUCUCCAGGUGAAAAAGUAGAAAAUAAGCAAGUCCUUGUGAAUAAAUCUAUGCCAACUGUGACCCAGACACCUCUGGAAGGAAGCAGUGUGCCUCAGCAGCCACAGUACAAAGAUGUGCCAGUAACCUACAAAGGUGCAACUGAUUCUUAUAUCGAAAAAGUAAUGAUUUCAUCAAAUGCAGAGGAUGCUUUCUUGAUCAAAAUGUUGCUGAGGCAAACAAGACGCCCAGAAAUUGGAGAUAAAUUUAGCAGUCGUCAUGGGCAGAAAGGGGUGUGUGGACUGAUUGUUCCUCAGGAAGACAUGCCAUUUUGUGAUACAGGAAUCUGCCCAGAUAUCAUAAUGAAUCCUCAUGGCUUCCCAUCGCGUAUGACGGUAGGAAAGUUAAUUGAACUCCUAGCUGGAAAGGCUGGAGUCCUUGAUGGCAGAUUUCACUAUGGAACAGCCUUUGGAGGCAGUAAAGUUAAGGAUGUGUGUGAAGAUCUUAUUCGCCACGGUUAUAACUACCUAGGGAAGGACUACGUAACAUCUGGUAUCACAGGGGAACCUUUGGAAGCAUAUAUCUAUUUUGGCCCUGUGUAUUACCAGAAACUAAAGCACAUGGUGUUGGAUAAAAUGCAUGCAAGAGCUCGAGGACCCAGAGCAGUGCUCACCAGGCAACCCACGGAAGGUCGAUCCCGUGAUGGUGGUUUGCGUCUUGGAGAGAUGGAGCGGGAUUGUUUGAUAGGUUAUGGAGCCAGCAUGCUUCUGUUGGAGAGACUGAUGAUUUCAAGUGAUGCCUUUGAAGUGGAUGUCUGUGGACAAUGUGGCUUGCUGGGGUACUCUGGCUGGUGCCACUUCUGCAAAUCAUCAUGUCAUGUGUCUUCCCUGCGCAUACCUUACGCCUGUAAACUCUUGUUCCAAGAACUGCAGUCAAUGAACAUCAUACCUAGGCUAAAACUAGCUAAGUACAAUGAAUGAGCGACAUGGGGAAAAGUACCUUAAGAAACUGAGAUCUAGCAUAUAUAACUGGGAGGUAUUUUGAGGGAACAGGAAUAGUUCUAAAACCUGAGUGGGGAGGAGGGAGGUGCAGGACAGUGUAAGAAAUCUUUCUUACAUAUCCUCCCUGUUUUUAAGUUGGCAGGGGUGACUCCAUCAGUAGGCUACAUUAGGAGUGGUUCUUAAAGCCUUGACUAGUCAUGAGCAGGACAUGUGGGAAUCAUGG